GGAAACGACCAAACGGCGGGACAAGGAAGUGAUUAGAAUGUGUUAAACGCAGCGGCGCUCUAUUGAUAGCAUCUACCGCUUCAGGCCAGGUUGAGCUGCAGUGGUCGGAGAGGAACGAACUGUCUACGAUAGUAAUAAGCUCCAAGCAACUAUUGAAAAGGAUCGUUGAACUACAAAGGAGCCAUGUCUUCAACAUCCCAGAAACACAAAGAGUUUGUGGCAGAGCCCAUGGGGGAAAAGUUGGUGAUGGCUCUUGCAGGCAUUGGAGAAGUGCUCGGCAAAAGAUUGGAGGAGAAAGGCUUUGACAAGGCCUAUGUUGUUCUUGGACAGUUCUUGGUGCUGAAAAAAGAUGAGGAGCUCUUUCGGGACUGGCUGAAAGAUACGUGUGGGGCAAACGUGAAACAGCAAGGCGACUGCUAUGGCUGCCUUCGUGAGUGGUGUGAUUCCUUCCUGUAAACUACACAAUAUUUCCUCCUGGUUUUUGGUUUGUUUUUAGUGGGAUUGUUUUUGUUUUUUGGUUCCAAACAUAUAUUUACCUCCUCUUUGGACUCACACCAACGUAGCGACACCUCAAAUGGACUGACAAACGAAUGAGGGAGUUUAGCCAGAUGUAUAAGACCAUAUUAUGUUGGACAGAGACCUACUAAAUAUCAAGACAGAUCUUUUUGUUCCAGUUAACCACCAGAGCAACUUAUAAAUACUGACCUUUUUACAUCUAUAUUUUUGGCGUCACCGAAGCCUUUUUGAUGCAUUUGUCUUCUGUUUCUGUGCUGGUGUAUUUCAAUUUAGACUUAAAGGGGACAAAAUCAAUUAUUUAAUCACAAUAGAAUUGCAACUACUGCUGAAAUUGUUAAACUGUUUGCCUGUUCACUAACAUGAAAAACAAUGAAAAUGUAAUCACAUUGUAGAAUAUUUCAAAGCCACAUAGCUUUUUAUUAGAAACCGAAAAUAUCAAGAUGUUAUUUUCAUGUUACCAAUAGAUAAGCUUUCUUAAAUUCUCACCAUAUUGAGUUUUGAUGCUGAAUAUUUUGUUUUAAGAAAUGCCUUAACGUGAUUUGAUUCAGUCAUCAAUAGUCAGCUAAUUGAGUUGUGGGGUAGUACACACAACCACCACAUAUCACUUUGCAAUUGUAAAAGCAAAACGCAAACUGAAAUAUUUAUGUAGCGUUGGUCUGAUCUUGAGAAUUCUUCUGCUGCUCAUGGUUUUAAUGGUUAAUGGAUGGUUUUACUGAAACACCGACUCAUGUUUUGUAAUCGACUGUGAAAGCAUGUUUGUUUUUAUAUUUCUCUUUCAAUUAAAUAUGUGAAGGACAACUGCAGUCUGGACAAUGUUUGCUUUUGUUAAGAUUAUUUUGACACAUUCACUGAAAUAAAGAAAUGAAAGGCAAACUUGA